AUGUCGCAAGUACCGCCCUCGGAUCAGGGACCACCUGCUGGUGAGUUCCCUGGGCUGCCGCCGUACGUGGUCCGCUUCGGCCCCAAGGCCAACUGCACCAUCAACAUCUGCCCCGUGCAGUACUCCGUCUAUGGCUACCGCCCGUCUCUGAUUGCCAACGUCCUGUCCAUAGCCCUAUUUGCCAUUGCUGGUCUCGUCCACAUCUACCUAGGCUUCCGAUGGAAGUCGCGCUUCUUUGCCAUCGCCUGUGUCAUCGGCUGCAUCUCCGCCAUCCUGGGCUACCUCGGCCGUGUCCUGCUGUACCGCAACCCAUUCGACUUUGCCGGUUUCAUGCUCCAAAUCACUUGCAUCACGACCACGCCCGUCUACUUUUGCGCCGCCAUCUACAUCACCCUCGCCCAAGUCAUCAACGCCUUUGCUCCUCAGCUCUCUCGCUUUAACCCGAGCUACUUCUACUGGGUCUUCCUUCCUUGCGAUAUCGUCUCUCUGGCCCUCCAGGCCGCCGGUGGAGCCAUGUCUGUGUCGGCAAAGGGAGCCAGCCAGCUUGGCGUCAAUCUCGCACUCGCCGGUCUCGCGUUCCAGGUCGUCACCAUCGUCAUCUUUUGCGGCUUCAUGGGAGACUUUACCAUCCGCUACUUUCGAUCCGGAAUCAAUGCGACUGAACGGGACUGGAGAGUCUACACCUUCUUUUCAUGUCUCUAUGGAGCUGUAAUCCUCAUUACUGUCCGCUGCGUCUUCCGUCUCGUUGAGCUCCGCGAGGGCUACGGUGGAUCGCUUGUCAAGGACGAGGCCCUGUUCAUUGGCCUCGAGGGAACACUCGUCUUCGCAGCCACAUGCGCUCUGACACUUGGUCAUCCUGGACUCAUCUUCAACGCGGAUGGAAAGACCAAGUGCCUUUCCGAUACCGAGUACCCCCUGAACGAUCAACCCAGCAUCAAGUCACAGGCACAGUCUUGCUAG